AUGCCACCGAAUGCCCUGUCGUUGGAUGUCCCCGCAGCCCUCAUCAAGGAUCCAAGGUCGUGGACAGUGGAGGACAUUAGCAUUUGGCUUCAUUGGCUGGGCAUAGGUGAGCACGUGGAAGCCUUUGCUUCUCGCAAUGUGGAUGGCCGGCUCUUGCUUCAGCUCGGGGCGGAGUCCUCCUGGGCGGAACUGGGCGUGACAGACCCCGCGCAGCAGCGCGUUCUGGACUCCGCGGUCGAGCCGCUGAGGUGUUUCCAUCAGGGGAGCGGCCUGGAGACGGGCCUUGCGUUGCACGCGAUCGAGGGCCCUGUGGCGGGCCGGGUCUUUCUUGUGGGCAGCGGCGGAGUCACCGGCGGGCGUCACUGCGCUUCAAAUGGCAUUGUGCUCUCUGAGAACUAUGUGUCAAGACGGCACUUCUUGAUUCUCCGAGAUCGCAGCGGGCAAUACCUUUUACAAGAUGUUGGAAGUACAACUGGAACGUUCCUGAUGGUCCGAGAAGAGUUGCCUUUGGACCACCAGAUGAUUAUCCAGUUGGGCACCACGGAGCUGACAGUGCACAUCGAGGAGGAAUGCUGCACGCUGGUCGCAACCGAGGGUCCCGACAAGGACAUCAGCGCGAUGGUCCCUCCACAGGGCCUUUUUGUGGGCAGAGAGGCUGGAAACGGCCUUUGCAUCAGGGACCCUCAGAUCUCUGCAUUCCACUGCGAGGUCCGUCCUGCACCUGACCACGGUUUCAUCUUGGAUGACAAAUAUUCCACGAAUCGAACAUGGCUGCGCUUGGCUGCCGACGGUCAACCGUCGAAGCGAUACUUGCUUCGAAUUGGCGACCUUUUCAAAGUGGGCUCUACGCUCUUCCAUGUGGUGGAACCUCCGCCGCUGGAAGACGUGCCGGGUGAAGCGCUGCCUUCAGACCUGGACCCAUUGGAUCACACCCGAUUUCCCACCUCGCCUAGUUCCGCAGAGGAGCCGGAGUUGAGUGACGAUGUUGAAGCGGCUGUGCCAGGAGCCAUACCUAGCGAGUCUCAACUCAGAUGGGAGCCCGUGCUGGAGGGUGAUGCUAGGCCGUCGCUUUCUCCAGAAGAGUAUGCCCGGCGACUGACAUCUUCCCGGCGGCAGAUGGCAGAAGGCUCUGUGCGGAGGGCGGCAGGCACAGCCAACGACCUGCAAGGAAGUCAGGAUGCCCGAGUCUUCGACAUGCAGGAGAGAGAGCUCUCUUCCUUACAGCAGCGCAUGCGGAACUCACGGGCACAAACUGCCUACACGCUGCAGCAGCAGCGACAAGGAGGAGAGCGCAGGGAUGAGCGACGAGACGAAGACCUCUGCAAAAUCUGCUACGACGAGGUCAUCGAUGUGGUGCUCUACCCAUGUGGCCACUUCAUGCUUUGCAGAUGGUGCGCGCAGUUGGUCUCAGACUGCCCAGUCUGCCGAUACGUCAUUACGGAUGUCAUUCGAACAUACAAGGCCUGA